AUGCAACAAUUCUUCCUUCUAGUGUGCUUGUCGUGCGUGGUGCUCGUCGCCGCAGCUCCGCAGGGCUACAAGUAUCAGCAGCCAGCUCUGCAGGCGGGCAAUCUGCGUCCGCAGACGCCGCUCUCGGCAAGUGGAAUAUACAACGUGCCCGCCCAGCAGCCCGUCUACAAUAAUGUUUUCGUGCAGUCACAGUAUCAGGCGCAGCGUCCCUCGAUUGUGACCAAGGAUAUCUAUAUACACUCCGCACCGGAUGACACCGAGGAGCUGCAGUCGGCGCCUCAGUUGGAUAACACGCCCAUUCGCAAGAAUUAUCGCAUUGUGUUCAUCAAGGCGCCCACACAGAAUCUGAAGCACACCGCUGCCGCGCUGAAGCGCGCCCAGGCCAGCAACGAGGAGAAGACCGUCAUCUAUGUGCUGUCCAAGAAGCCCGACAUCAACGAGAUUCACCAGCACCUGCAGCUGAACCAGAACGAACCGAAGGUGCACAAGCCCGAGGUCUACUUCAUCAAGUACAAGACCACGGAGGAGGCACAGCGCGCCCAGCAGGAGAUCCAGGCUCAGUACGAUGCUCUCGGCGGUGCCACACACAUCUCGGACGAGGGUGUUGCGCCCAUCACCAGCUUCUCCGGCUCCGGCUCUCUCAAUCUGGGCAACAUUGUGCCGCAGCACAUCCAGCAGCAGGCCCAGUCCCAGGCCCAGAGCGUGGGCAUCCAGCAGCAGAACUUCCAGAGCGGCAACUUCCAGAGCUCCGGCGGCUUCCAGAGCUCCGGCGGCUUCCAGAGCUCCGGUCUGCAGACCUCCUCUGUCUCUUCCGGCGCCAACUUUGGCGUCAAUGUCCCAUCCAAGCGCUACAUCCCAGCCAAGUCUAAAUAA